CACCUCCGAAUUGCCGGGCGGUCUAGCCUGGACGUCUAGUGAAUCUUCAAGGCUUCCUAGAGCUCUUUAGCGGGCAUCUUACAGCGCGUUCCCACUCGCUAGGCCUACAACUACAACAAAAAUAAUCAUGGCUUCGCAAACCUCAGACUCCGCGGCGAAUGUGUCGCCCGCAUCGACCGUUGCCAGCUCGGCGUCGACAUCGCCAUCGCCAUCCCCGGCCGACCUCCCCCCAAUCGUCAAGAACGACCCAGCGCGCACCGGCUUCGACCCGCAGACGAAAUGGUGGAUGAACUACUUCAAGAUCCUGACAGGGGGCAUGUCGCAGGAGGGCAUGUUCCACUACCGCGAGUCGCGGUACUUGGCGCACGAGGAACGCGACUGCAAGCGGUGCGAGCAGUACCGGGACUGGGCCUUCGCGCACUCGCCGACGGUGCGCUUCAUGAAGGAUAAGAUCGAGGCCCUCAACGGCAACCUGGAUCCCAGCAACGUCGUGUGCAAGCGGUGUCCGGCGCGGCUGACCGAGGACGGCGAGGUGCAUCGACAGGGCGGCGGCUUCUCGCCGGGCCAUGGCAUCCUGCUGUGCGCCAACGAGGUCAGGAGUCGCAAGCACCUGGAGGACACACUCAGUCACGAGAUGGUGCACGCGUGGGAUCACCUGAGGUGGAAGGUGGAUUGGAACGGCAAGGACCUGAAGCAUGCUGCUUGUACUGAGAUUCGUGCUUCCAUGUUGAGUGGCGAGUGCAGGUGGACGAAAGAGACUCUCACCAACGGGAACUGGACUCUGACGCAGCAGUUUCAAGAAUGUGUAAGGAGGCGUGCAGUUAAAUCUGUCAUGGCAAGACCCACUUGCAAAGAUGAUGUGCAAGCAGUCAAGGUGGUGAACCAGGUUUGGGACUCGUGCUAUUCCGAUACUCGACCAUUCGAUGAGAUAUACAGAUAAGAUGUAAGCAAGGAAAGGAGAGACGGCGGCGAGCAACCUCUGGCAAGAGGCUUGUAUAAAAUAAUGAAGCACAAUUGGCGUUCGGAGUCGGGGACAGCAUGAACAAAUAUACUCUCAAUGAACUUGGUUGGUUAGAUACGAAAGGGAAUACUAGCUCCCCUUGAUGCAAAACUCCCGCAAAUAUAUGCCUGCCUUUCCU